GUCCGCCCUCAGCUGCUCACUCCCUCCAACGACAUAUCCACCAACCCCAGCGAUGUUCUUCCCAACAAUUCACAAAGCAAGUCUCGUAGACGCCUCUCUUCACCCGCCUGCUCUUCUCGAGCUCGUCGAUGUCAAGCUCGACCGAACUGUCACUGAAUAUCUCAUCGACUCUGUCGUCGAGACAGUCGACUACGCCCUCGGGCGUCCAUCUCCCUCGCGCCGUGGUCGGUCUCUCCACCGCCACUCAGAAAACUCCGCAUUCGCCACCUGCGUAUACAACGUGAUCGAACGCGCAGAGGUUGAGAUGCCAGUCGUCCUCGCUACCCUUGUCUACCUCCAGCGCGCAAAGCCUCAUCUCCACAUCGCGCUCGAGGAGUGGGCUUGCGAACGUGUGUUCCUCGGUGCUCUCAUCGUUGCUUCUAAGUACUUGAACGACUCUUCUUUGAAGAACGUCCACUGGGCAGUAUGCACCGGGGUCUUCGGCAAGCGUGACAUUGGCCGCAUCGAGCGGGAAUUCCUCGAUGUCCUCGACUUCGAGCUCGGUGUCUCCGAAUCAGAUAUCCUCUCCCUUCACGAGCCCAUCAUGGCCAUUGUCUCGCCUCCCUCGCACCAUUACCGUUCUCAGAUCUCGGCGAUCGUCGAGACACCGUCUUCGUUCAUGGACGUCGACCUCAGUCCUUCGUCUUCGUCUUCAGAUUCUUCCGAACUCGAGUCUUCCAGCCCCACGAUCUCAGUCUCGCAUUCGAAUUCGUCAGAAGAGAGCGAUCUGUCCUUGUCGCCCAGGACGCCACCCACACUCGUGGACGGACAUGAACCGGAAGUCGUCAAGCCACAGAUCGCACAUCUCGCCGUUUCCGACUCUCACUCACAUCCUCAUCAGGAACACUCUGUUCCUCAUUCGCAUCAUCCUGAGAAACGUCACAGCGUCUCAGCUUCCACGCUCCGCCUCCUCCGUUCCUUCCCCAUGCCCGGUCGCCACCACACUAGCUGCUCAUCACACGCGCAGUUCUCUCAAGCAUCAGUGCCGCCACCACAUCAUCGUUCGACACAUCCGAGAUGCCAGAGUUCGUUGCCGCUGUUCCCGACCCAACCAACGACGAGAGUCUGCGUGUAAACGAUCAUACGACUAGCAUCGAUUUUUUUCCAUCGCGUCCAUCGCACCAUCCAUCGUGCUGACUCGGAUUCACCUCCUGCUUCCGGCUUUGAUGACUGAGGCGAAUUCCUCAGCACUUUGCCUUUCGGGCUCGGAGCGGGGGCCGUCGGAGGCGAUGAGAUCUCGCGUCGGACGCGGAAUCAGAUUCGGAGGCGGGCUAUUCACGGAGGGCACGGGCGGGAGGGACAGUACGUGAUGACGUGGCGCGAGUGUGUCAUCCGCCGCUUUGCAACUGCGACGCCUCUCCCCAAGCCGAGCUCCCUCCCGUGGGAUGCAGUUGACGCAGUCCUGCUGCGAUGACGCCCCACCCUUUCGCAGUUCUGGUCACCGUUUGUUUUUCCCUUCGCAGUUCCUUCAUCAUCAUCGUCGUCAUCGUCGAUUUCUGAGCUCAUCAUGUUUCGUCGUCGUUUACCAUGCAUUUUCUCCUGCACUUCGGUUUCUUUCGUCAUCGAUUCCGUCAUGUUCGUGUUCGCGUUACAGCUACUGUACUUCGCCUCCACCAUCUUUCCAUAUUUGAAGUUCCCACACGUUCUUGCUUCGCAUCCAAUCAAUCUGCUGCAGCAUUCGAAUUUCUCGUUCUCCCGAUUUACUUAUCACGAUUCGCUCGUAUAGCUUACUACGAAGUAGGACAGUAUACGUACCACUACAUUACGAUCGCUGGUACAGUCCGAAAAGAAUAUAAACCUCAUAUCCAA